GUCGAAUCGACCGUCAUUGCUCCGUCACGGCCAUCCACGAGCCAGGGUCCCCGGCGGACUAUAUCAACUGGCAGUCUUGAGCACAGCACCUCCAGGUUUUCAGCCGGAUAUGACACCAAACUGAAACGAAGAUAUACUCUUGCCCUUGGUCUUCCGAUUUUUAUCAUCAACACAUCCGCGUCUGGGUGAAACCGCACAAUGAGUCGAUUGUUCGGAACCUACCGUCAAAAUGGGUACAUCGUGGACGACCUUGAGAAAGCCAUCGAGUACUGGACUGAAAAAAUGGGCGUCGGCCCAUUCUUUCUUCUCCCCAGCAUCGCACUGGGCGAGUUCAGCUACCGUGGAAGUACCGUGAAACCCGUACUCGACAUCGCCUUAGCCAACUUUGGAGACGUCCAGAUUGAGUUGAUCCAGCCCAAGGACGAUACACCAUCGCCCUAUCGAGACUUUCUCAGGAGCAAGGGACCCGGGUUGCACCACAUUUCGGUGUGGUCGGACAACUUUGACGAUCAUCUCCGCCGGCUGGGGGACCUGGGGUUGCGUCCCGAUUGCACUGGUCAGAUUGAAGGAGGGCCUCGGUUUUGCUACUUCGACGCUGCUGAGACUCGAGGCACGACCAUCGAAAUCGCGGAUUCAGCCCUGGAAACCGGCCUCAGGGACAUUGCGGCCAAGAUACAUGCGGCGUCGGUUGGCUGGGAUGGUAGUGAUCCUGUUCGGGAUGCGUCACAGCUCAAGUGA